UUGCUUUCUCUCUAGCAUAUAGUCGAUAUAAAAUAUAAUUGUAUUGUUUGUUCUGCUUUCGAUCUAGCUUUUGAUGAAGAUACCCUGAAAAAUUAAUAUUUAGUUACACUACACUACGUAUAUCUCCACUUUACGAAAUGCUCCACUAUGUCAAUUUCUUGCUAUACAUCUAUGCUAACACUUUGUGGGUACUGGUUUCUGAGAUCUAGCUAUCAAUCCAUUCAUCAUCGUCGUUGCUAAGCCACUUCGGGGAAGAUCUGGUAAAGAUUGUAAUACAAACAGAGAUGGAUGACGAGCGAAGAUGGGAAGAACUAAACGUAGACUGUUUAGUUAAUAUAUUUGGAAGAGUAGGAAUGGAGUCAUUGCUCUUGGACAUCCCUUUUGUGUGCAAGCCAUGGCACCAAGCAUCCCUCAAUCCUUCAUGCUGGGAAUCUCUUGUAUUUCCUGAGCUUACUAAUCCCAAUACUUAUGAUGACGAGUAUACGUAUUCAUGUUUUGAUAAAUUUUCAUAUGUGUAUGAAUUUGAUGGGAUUCAUGUGUCAGUCGAUGCAUUUGUUAAGUUUGUAAUCGACCGUAGCAAAGGACGCACUACUUUACUUGAGCUAUCUCCAUGUGCUUCAGAGGAUGUCUUGAAAUAUGCUGCAGAUCAGUGUCCUCACCUAAAGGCUCUGUCUUUACCAAGCGAUUUAAUUGACAAUGAGUCGAGAAUUAUUAAGGAACUGAUUGGGAAGUGGAAACAUUUGGAGUCUUUGGUACUGGGAAACAGCGACAAAUUGGAGAAGUUUCUUACACAUUGCAAGAAUUUGCGUUUUUUGCAUGUGGAAAAUGCAUCCGUCGGUGAAAAGGAAGCAAAGGCAAUCGUUACCUUCUUGCCUGAGCUUAAGAAGUUGAUCUUGAAGGGUGCAUCUAUUAAUCGAGAUGAGGUUGUGACCUUACUACAUGGUUGCAAAGAGCUUAGGCCUCAUCAUUUAGCCCCCCUAAAAGAGCUUGUGCAUUUGGAUGUCAGUAAUUGUGAAGGUUUUGACGGGAAAGAUGAAGAAAUAGCGAAGCUUGCUUCUCAUAUUGCUAAUUUCACGUCUGAGGGUUCAUAUGUGGAUGAUGAUGAUUAUGAUCAUGAAUUUGGACCCGGCGACUGGGAUCAAUUUGGGGGAUACGGUUCCGAUUAGGGGCGAUUCCACGUCCUGGCUAGCCUAGUAAGUUAUUUGAAUUUAAUUAUUAUGGGGCCCUCAUCUAUCAGUCAUGAGGUGUGAGAGCAUAUAAGUUAUUACUUGUAUCAUUAUAUGUAUUGAGUGUGUUGUUCCGGUUCGAGAUUUGUAAUAGUCCAUUGUUCUAUAGCUGAAUUUUUCUACAUAUUGAAUUCAAAAUAUCGGUAUCGGUAGAUAUAUCAUUUUU